AUGGAGGCGGAAAUUGGUCACAUGUACAAGGGGAUCGCUGGUCCCUUCAACACUCCCCUUAGCCACGCGUGUGUCACUUCCUGUCUUCCAUUGAACCAGAAACCAUUCUCUGAUGUGGGCUCUGGGAACGGAAACUACCUGGGCAUCAACCCUGAAGUGAUUGCGCUCUACCCCCAGCCCUACUCCCAGCCCUACCCCCAGCCAUAUUCCCAGCCCUACUCCCAGCUCUACCCCAAGCUCUACCCCCAGCCCUACUCCCAGCCCUACCCCCAGCCAUAUUCCCAGCCCUACUCCCAGCUCUACCCCAAGCUCUACCCCCAGCCCUACUCCCAGCCCUACCCCCAGCCAUAUUCCAAGCCCUACUCCCAGCUCUACCCCAAGCUCUACCCCCAGCCCUACUCCCAGCCCUACCCCCAGCCAUAUUCCCAGCCCUACUCCCAGCUCUACCCCAAGCUCUACCCCCAGCCCUACUCCCAGCCCUACCCCCAGCCAUAUUCCCAGCCCUACUCCCAGCUCUACCCCAAGCUCUACCCCCAGCCCUACUCCCAGCCCUACCCCCAGCCAUACUCCCAGCCCUACCCCCAGCCCUACUCCCACCCUCCCUACCCCCAGCCUCAGCCUUAUUCCCAGCCCUACUCCCAGCCCCAGCCUUGCUCCCAGCCUUACCCCCAGCCCUACUCCCAGCCUAAGCCUUAUUCCCAGCCCUACUCCCAGCCUUACCCCCAGCCCUACUCCCAGCCUUACCCCCAGCCCUACUCCCAGUCUUACCCCCAGCCUCAGCCUUAUUCCCAGCCCUACUCCCAGCCUCAGCCUUAUUCCCAGCCCUACUCCCAGCCCCAGCCUUGCUCCCAGCCUUACCCCCAGCCCUACUCCCAGCCUUACCCCCAGCCCUACCCCCAGCCUCAGCCUUAUUCCCAGCCCUACUCCCAGACCCAGCCUUGCUCCCAGCCUUACCCCCAGCCUUACCCCCAGCCCUACUCCCAGCCUUACCCCCAGCCUUACCCCCAGCCCUACUCCCAGCCUCAGCCUUACCCCCAGCCCUACUCCCAACCUUACCUCCAGCCCCGCUCCCAGCCCUGCUCCCAGCCUUACCUCCAGCCCUGCUCCCAGCCCUACCCCAGCCCUACCCCAGCCCCAGCCUUAUUCCCAGCCCUAGCCCCAGCCCUGCUUCCAGCCUUACCUCCAGCCCUACCUCCAGCCCUACUCCCAGCCCUACCCCAGCCCCAGCCUUAUUCCCAGCCCUGCUCCCAGCCUUACCUCCAGCCCUGCUCCCAGCCCCAGUCUUAUUUCUAG